AUGACGACGACAUCGUCGAGGUCGUCGUGUGUGUCCUGUUUCCAGCAGCAAAAGCAAAAGCAUCGUCGUCUCUUCUCUCGAUCAUCCUUUUCAAUUAAAAAUCAUCAUCCUCAUCGUCGUCAUCGUAAACAACAACUCUUCGUCGUCGUAAAAUCAUCGACGACGCAAAGGGAAAACGACCCGAACAAUUCGGAACUUCUCCUCGUCGCCGUGGCGGUUGGCGUGACGACCGGUCUCGCAGUUUCCGCGUUCAACUUAGCCGAGAGUCACGUGCACGCGUCGGUGUUUGAUUUUACGUUUCAAACGUUUCUCGUGGCACCAUCGGAAACGGAUGUUGAUGUUUUAACGACGGAAACGACGAACGAGAUGUUGCUGAAUAAGUUUCAAACGUUGAGUCAAAACAGCGGAAACGCGUCGUUCGUGAGCCACUCGUUACAAGUGAUCGUGCCUACAUUAGGCGGGUGCGUGGUUUCGGCGUUGAGGGACGUAGCCGGCGGAUCGUUUCUCGGGGAGGAGGCGGUUGGUACCGCGACGUCUCGAGCGGCGACGGCGGCGGCGGCGGUCUCGACGAGGGAGGAAGAGAACAAAAACGCGACGAAGACAUCGAGUGUGGUAGUAGAAGACGUGAAGAAAACGGUGUUGAAAACAGUCGCCGCGGUGGUAACUUUAGGCACGGGGGCGAGUUUAGGACCGGAAGGACCAAGCGUGGAGAUUGGCGCGGCGGUGAGUAGCGGCGUCGGGAGAGUGGCGAGUUAUUUCGAAUUGAAAGCGUUUGGCGUCGACGAAAAGAAAAGCAUAAACAACAACAACAACAACAACAACAACAACAGUAACGGAAAUAGUAAUAUUAGUAGUAGCGUCGGAAACGUUGGGUUGCUCGCGGCGGGAGCGGCGGCGGGCUUGUCCGCGGGGUUCGGGGCGCCCAUAGCCGGCCUCUUUUUCGGGUUCGAAAGCGUGUUAGCUCGGAAUUCGACGUAUACGUUUGGUCAGCAGCAGUUUAACAACGCGUCGACGACGGAGAUGGUCAUCGUGGCCGCUGUUUUAGCGGGAACGAUGACGAAUUUGUUGUUGGGCGAGUCUCCGAGUUUCAACGUGCCACCGUUUGAAUUGUUGACUUUAGCAGAGUUACCGUUGUAUUUGCCGCUCGGGUUGUUGUGCGGCGCGACGGCGAUUAUUUUCCGAGGCGUCUCCAAUCGCACCACGGAUUUAGCCGGUUUUUUGAGCGAUUCGCACGCAAAGAGUGGAUUUGGGAUACCGAGAUACGCGCAAGCACCGUUAGGUGGGUUCGCCUUGGGCAUCUUUUCCAUAUUUUACCCCGAAGUGUCCUACAACGGGUUCGAUAACGUCAACGCGUUGUUAACGACGGACGUGUUACAAAUUUAUAAACCAGAGUUGUUGGUGCAGUUGAUCGCGGCAAAACUGCUAGCGACGAGUUUAUGUCGAUCGAGCGGGUUAGUCGGUGGUGUGUACGCCCCGUCUUUGUUUAUGGGCGCCGCUUUAGGUGCAUCUUAUGGUGGAUUUCUCGCGCACAUGGACUCGAUGUCCAAUUUGAUUGAAGUCGCACCGCCGCAGGCGUACGCGUUGGUCGGGAUGGCUGGCGUGUUGGCAUCCGUGUGUCGCGUGCCUUUGACGGCAAUUUUGUUGUUGUUUGAGUUGACCGGGAACGCGAAAAUUAUUUUACCGCUCAUGGGAACAGUUGGUGUGGCGAGCUGGGCGGUGAAAUCCGCCGACGCUUGGUUCGACACGCAACAAACCGCGGGUUUAAUUUUUGAAGAAGCGUCCAUGGAUUCCGGCGACGGGUUCGCGAACGUAUCGUUCGAUGAAUUCGCCAAAAUUGACGAUCGAGAAUCAAAAUCGGCGACGUCGAUUUACGAUAACUUCGCUCGAGUUGGUUUUGAAGGAACGGAAACGGAAACGACGACGACUUCGACGACGCGAAGAUCUGCCGCUGCGAAAGUUUUACACGAAAGCGCCGCGUUGGUGGACGUUUCGAAAACGUGCGCGAAAGUAUACAAAGAUGCAAAACUGAAAGACGUCGCUAAAAAAAUGAUGGAAGAGAGGCAUGGUGGAUCGUUAGCGACGACUUCACACGCUAUAGUGUACGAUAAAUUCAUCGAGGAGAGCGCCGCGUAUAAAACUCCAAUCGGUGUCAUCUCCGUCGUAGCGCUCGCGAACGCGGUCGACGGGAACAAAGACGGGUACUAUGACGUCGAGAUGAAAGCAAAAGAUGUCAUGGAACCAAUCGGGUGUAUUCUAUCCGCCGAGGAAACGAUGGAGACGAAUAUGAACAGAUUUAAACAAGCCGAGUGUGAGAUUGGUGUGAUAUUCAGCGACGACGGCGAUAUAAAAGCACUCAUUGAUUUGCGCGAAUUUACCGUGUUUGAAAGCUCAAAUCGCGUCGCAGAUUUCGCAAACGAAAAGUAG